UCGAUCGAUACAUUUCCACUUCCUUUACACCCCGGGUUCACUUUGGAAGGCUGUUGAUUAUGGUUUUCGGUGCACGUGCUGUCAUUUUUCUUUAUUUUUAGCUGUUUUUUUACGAACGGGGAAAACACUUUUGAGAAGAAUUAUUACAAGCGCCCUAUUAAUUCUUUCAUCCGACAGUUUUUAUCACGUCCCAUCGGUGGGUUAGUUCAGUGUGUGUGUCUGGUGUUGGAAAACGUCCCGUUGGCCGCUGGCUGGCUGGCUGUACCGCCGGGACUCCUCCUCGGUGUUCGAAAAAGCAGUUUACGCCGGAGUGCGUUCACACCGGGGAGUCGCUGGAGUCCCAGAGAACCGAACAUAGAAGAGUGCGAUGGUCAAGAGCGGGUUGACCACUAGAAAGCAGAUAGAGUAGACUAAGCUCGCACUUCUCUUCGGCUCUUGCGGUCCCCCCGAUUCGUUCUUCACCCGUCCCUCCCGCCCUCCUCCAGCAUGGGCGCUUACCUGUCCCAGCCCAACACCGUGAAAUCCUCCGCCGACGGCGGAAACCAGCAUCUGAGCUUCGGGUUCGCGGCCAUGCAGGGCUGGCGUGUCUCCAUGGAGGAUGCGCAUAACUGCAUUCCGGAGCUUGACGAAGAAACGGCAAUGUUUGCAGUUUACGAUGGACACGGAGGUGAGGAAGUAGCAUUGUACUGCUCCAAAUACCUCCCAGAUAUAGUCAAGGAUCAAAAGGCAUACAAAGAUGGCAAGCUGCAGAAGGCUCUGGAGGAUGCCUUUCUGGCUAUUGACGGCAUGAUCACGACAGAGGAUGUGAUAAAAGAACUGGCUCAGAUCGCCGGCCGUCCUCAGGAAGAUGCAGCAAAGGACCGAGUAGCUGAAGAAGAUGACGUGGACAAUGAGGAAGCUGCGCUUUUGCACGAAGAGGCCACCAUGACGAUUGAGGAGCUGCUUGUCCGCUAUGGGCAGAACCUGAACUCUGUCAGAUAUGGGAAAAAAGCCAGCCCUGCAUCCAAGAAAGAAGCUGGGGAUGAGGUGAAGUCCCACUUGGAGAAGGGGGUAAAUGGGGAGGCAGAGUGUGAGGCCACAGGAAGUGAGAGCAGCAAUGGGAAGGAGAAGGUUGGAGGCUCAGAGGAUGGGGCUGGCGGCACAGGGGAUGGGGCCAGCAGUAAAGCUCGGGGUUCCAAGACGAGGGCCUGCCGGAAAGCAGGAGGAGAUACUGGGGCUGGAGACUCAGGUCAAGGCGAAAAGGCAGCCAAGAUGGAGGGGGAGGCCGGGCCCUCCUGCUCUUCCUCCACAGCGCAGGCCCAGUCUGGAACCAAGUCAAAGUUCUUUGAGGACAGUGAAGAGUCUGAGGAGGCAGAAGAUGAGUCUGAAGAUGGGGGCAGCGAAGAAGAGGACUGCAGCGAGGAAGAUGAAGCUGAAUACAGCAGUGAAGCAGAUGAAGAAGAUGACACUGAAGAGGAUGAUGAAGAGGAAGAAGAGAUGUGCCUUCCCGGGAUGGAUGGGAAAGAAGAGCCUGGCUCAGACAGUGGCACCACGGCAGUGGUGUCUCUAAUUCGGGGCAAACAACUAAUUGUGGCCAACGCCGGGGACUCGCGCUGUGUUGUGUCGGAGAAGGGCAAAGCUGUGGAUAUGUCCUACGACCACAAACCUGAGGAUGAGGUAGAACUGGCCCGGAUCAAAAACGCUGGUGGGAAAGUCACCAUGGAUGGAAGGGUCAAUGGAGGGCUCAACCUUUCCCGAGCUAUAGGGGACCACUUUUAUAAACGGAACAGGGCGCUUGCUCCAGAAGACCAGAUGAUCUCAGCCAAGCCUGACGUCAAAGUGCUCACUCUUAAUGAUGAUCAUGAAUUCAUGGUCAUUGCGUGUGAUGGAAUCUGGAAUGUUAUGAGCAGCCAGGAAGUGGUGGACUUUGUCAGCGAGAGGAUAAAGCCCGGUGAGGACGGGAAAGUCCGAGCACUUUCCUCCAUCGUAGAAGAGCUGCUGGACCACUGCUUGGCACCAGACACCUCUGGGGAUGGCACAGGCUGCGACAAUAUGACCUGUAUCAUCGUGACCUUUGCUCCCCACCCCUGCAGCAGCCAGGCUGAGGGCACCAAGAAGCGCAAACCUGAGGAGAGCAGCCCAGAGAAGAACGGUAGUGACAGCAAGAAGACCAAGACGGAAUAGCCCUUGCCGGGCCAUAUCUGCAGGGCCAUUUUUAACAAUCAGUUAGGACUUCUCUUGCACCUCCUCCUCCUCCAAAAAUGACAGCUUCUGAGGGAAGACUGUGACCGCCUCGGAGUCCGGAUGCGGUUAUAGCUGUGUUUCUAACACACUGUAAAUGUAAAUCUGCCAUUUCUGUUUCUGGUUUCUAAUUAUUUUGUUGCCUAAUUCUCCCCCGUUCCACCAUCUGUUCAACAGCAAUAUUACGGUGUCUGAAGGUCUUGAGGGAAAAAGAGUGCUGUUGAUGAGUCUGAAGUAGUAUGUGAAUCCUAUAUGUGCUAUAUGUUGUUAUCCAUGCCCGUAUUUUUAUGUAUAUAUUUCUUUCAUACUUGUCAGUUCUGAGGAAGUCUGAAGAAGUGCUUUUUUUGUAAUUGUGUGGCCAUGUGACUGUUGGUGCUUAUUCUUCAAACACCAACAUGUUACUACAUUCAAAUACACAUUUUUAAAAAAUGUGAGGUCCUGUCUUUAUUUUGUCAUCAAAAAUGGAGGGAAAACAGUAGUGCUUGACAAAAUUUCUUGUUUCUGUUCUAGCUUGUUUAAAAUAAUGAGGGGAAUACAUAAUAUAAAUCCUAGAAUGGUCCCAGAAUAUGCUGAAGAUCAUGUUUAAUAAAAACCAAAUAAUAGAUUCAAUGUAUCUCCUUAGAUUUCUGUACAACUUGAUCACAUCAUACAAUGUAAAGGGUUUAUUUUUUUUCCUUUCUUCAUUUUCACUUGAGGUGUCGCCAGGACUCAACUGUGUUCUAUACACCAUAAGGCAUGUAGUACUGAAUGUGGCAGUAUUGCCUUAAACCUGAAGAAAUUCUACCUAGGUCCCAGGUAUUAUCAGUGGGAUUUAGUUUGAGCCAAAUUACAUUUAUGUUUCUUUGUAGUUUCUCAUUUUCUUCUGAAUCUGUGAACACCUGUGCAGUUCCAUAGGUUUAUAUACAAGGUAUUUUUGAAUAUAUAUUUUGGUACUUUUUAAGAGCAUCAUUGUGA